AUGUCACAACAAGAAAUAGAUGGCGAUGGUUUUCAAAUAGUUACAUCUAAACGUCGCACUAAAAAUAAACAAACGAAAAUUCCUCGCAAAGAGGUGGAAUUUAUAAAACCAGAAAACUAUAUUGACGUUGAGGCAUCCUAUCAGCGAGUUUUGACUGCUGUAGACGAAAUAAAAGAAUCCGAUUAUUUUAGCGACGUUAGGAAAGCUGGUUGA